UUUUAAAAGAAAAUAAAAAAAGAAUUAAAAAAUAUUCAGGAAAAGGAAAGGCAAGUCUAAGAACUAGGAGAAGAUCCAAACCGAAGUUUUAACAAUAUACACUCUCUUCCCAUGAUGUUCCACCACUUGCAAGUUUGUAACUUUUCUUUCUGUUAGUCUGUCUUUUUUGAACCUAGCGGGCUAAGGAACAAAAGUCCUAACAUAUCUCUGUCUUCAUGUGUUCUUUGCACUUAGAAACAAACAAACAAUGAAGCUUCUUCAUCUUGUUCUUGUUCCUCAAACAGUUCCUAUUUGGUUUUUUCAUCUGUGUCUAGUAGUAGUUCAUGCCAUACAAGAAGACCCACCUGUCCCUUCACCAUCUCCCUCUCUCAUUUCUCCUAUUUCAACUUCAAUGGCUGCCUUCUCUCCAGGGGUUGAAUCGGAAAUGGGAAUCAAAGACCACCACCAGCAUGAUGACCUCCACAGGAAAAUAAUCUUGUUGCUCACUGUUGCUUGUUGCAUACUUGUUAUCAUCCUUCUUUCUUUGUGUUCUUGUUUCAUUUACUAUAAGAAGUCCUCACAAAAGAAAAAAGCUACUCGGUGUUCAGAUGUGGAGAAAGGGCUUUCAUUGGCACCAUUUUUGGGCAAAUUCAGUUCCUUGAAAAUGGUUAGUAAUAGGGGAUCUGUUUCAUUAAUUGAGUAUAAGAUACUAGAGAAAGGAACAAACAAUUUUGGCGAUGAUAAAUUGUUGGGAAAGGGAGGAUUUGGACGUGUAUAUAAGGCUGUAAUGGAAGAUGACUCAAGUGCUGCAGUCAAGAAACUAGACUGCGCAACUGAUGAUGCGCAGAGAGAAUUUGAGAAUGAGGUGGAUUUGUUAAGCAAAUUUCACCAUCCAAAUAUAAUUUCUAUUGUGGGUUUUAGUGUUCAUGAGGAGAUGGGGUUCAUUAUUUAUGAGUUAAUGCCAAAUGGGUGCCUUGAAGAUCUACUGCAUGGACCUUCUCGUGGAUCUUCACUAAAUUGGCAUUUAAGGUUGAAAAUUGCUCUUGAUACAGCAAGAGGAUUAGAAUAUCUGCAUGAAUUCUGCAAGCCAGCAGUGAUCCAUAGAGAUCUGAAAUCAUCGAAUAUUCUUUUGGAUGCCAACUUCAAUGCCAAGCUGUCAGAUUUUGGCCUUGCUGUAGCUGAUAGCUCUCAUAACAAGAAAAAGCUCAAGCUUUCAGGCACUGUGGGUUAUGUAGCCCCAGAGUAUAUGUUAGAUGGUGAAUUGACGGAUAAGAGUGAUGUCUAUGCUUUUGGAGUUGUGCUUUUAGAGCUUCUAUUAGGAAGAAGGCCUGUAGAAAAACUGACACCAGCUCAUUGCCAAUCUAUAGUAACAUGGGCCAUGCCUCAGCUCACUAACAGAGCUGUGCUUCCAACCCUUGUGGAUCCUGUGAUCAGAGAUUCAGUAGAUGAGAAGUACUUGUUCCAGGUUGCAGCAGUAGCCGUGCUGUGUAUUCAACCAGAGCCAAGUUACCGCCCUCUCAUAACAGAUGUUGUGCACUCUCUCGUCCCAUUAGUUCCUCUUGAGCUUGGAGGGACACUAAGAGUUCCACAGCCUACAACUCCCAGAGGUCAACGACAAGGCCCAUCAAAGAAACUGUUUUUGGAUGGUGCUGCCUCAGCUUAAGUUUUGUAUUAGAUGAAUCAUCGAUCCACUGCGCUUUCUAAGUUUCUUAUGUGCAUAUUUUGAUGUAUCAUAGAUAAUUCAUAUCUUUGGUUAUUUCGGUCAAGAAGGUUGAUAUAGAUGGAUUUGAAGAGCAUCGGGAUCUUCACCACAUUUGUAAAUUGAAGCAAAGUUUAUAGAACCAGUAAAAUAGCACUCCCAAAAUUUAUUUCUGCGCA